UAAGGCUCCCCGCAGCUGCUGCUCGGGCCCUGGACCCGCGACUGCUGAGAUGUGACCGUGAUGGCGUCCAUGUUACUGAUCCUUCUGGGGGCCACCGUGCCCCUGCCGGCAGACCUGCUUCCUGAUCCAAAGAUUUCGCUUCUGCCGCCGGUCAACUUCACCGUGGGGGUCGCUGGCUUGGCACAAGUGCUCCUGCGCUGGGAAGCCAACCCCGCUCAGGAGCUGGGCUCUGCCGCGCUGGGCUACCAGGUGAAGAUCCACGCUCCAGAGGAAGUCGACUAUGAAACCCCAAAAACGCAGAGCAGGCGCGCCAUCACCCUCCACCAGGGCCUCUCCGCCAGCGUGAGGACCAUCCUGUUGGCCGGGGGCCCCGACCGCCCUGCCAGCCCCUGGGUGUCCGCCGCGCUGGAUGCCCCACCAGGUGAGGCAGGCCCCGAGCGCCCCGGUGGCAGCUAG